GAGCCGAUACGGGAGCAACGAUGGUUGUUUUUACCCUUCUCCAUCUCAUUUCAUUGCUUCUCAUCUCGCUUUCUCUUUUCCAGAUCGCGAAGAUCUGCUUCCAUCGUCAUAAAUCAACGGUGGGGAUUCCUCCUGGGAGCUGUGGAUUCCCUUUGAUGGGAGAGACGCUUGAAUUUCUUGCUGCCAAUAACAGCAGCAGGGGAUUCUACGACUUCGUCCGGAUUCGCCGUCAACGGUAUGGGAAUUGCUUCAAGACGAGCAUUUUCGGGAAGACCCAUGUAUUUGUUUCUAGUACUGAGGCUGCUAAGGCGGUUUUAGGCAGUGAUUUCAUAGAUUUUACAAAGAGAUAUAUAAGAUCAAUUGCGGAGCUUGUGGGUAAUCAGAGCCUGCUAUGUGCUUCUCAAGAACAUCAUAAGCUCAUCCGAAGUGGCCUCUCUAAUCUUUUCACGACGGACUCCACGUCCUUGUUUAUCAAACAGUUCGACGUAAUGGUUAUUGAGGCUCUGAAUGACUGGAAAGGAAAGGAGUCUGUGCUUGUACUCAACGACACCAUGAAGAUAACGUUUGUUGCCAUAUGCAAGAUGCUGAUGAGUUUAGAGAAUUUGGGUGAACUUGAAAUGUUGAAAAGAGACGUUGGUGAGGUUUGUGAUGCAAUGUUGGCUUUUCCCUUGAAAUUACCCUGGACUAGAUUCUACAAAGGGCUCAAGGCAAGGAAAAGAGUGAUGGAAAGAUUGAAGAAAAUAAUAGCAAUUAGAAGACAAGGGUUAGAAUAUCAUGAAGAUUUUUUGCAAUCCCUUUUAAUGGACGGUGGAUCUUCAUGUGAUGUCCCACUGUCAGAUGUACAGAUCCAAGAUAACAUCUUGACUUUGAUCAUUGCAGGUCAGGUUACGACAGCAAGUGCAAUGACAUGGAUGGUCAAGUACCUUGAUGAGAAUCAAGGGGUUCAAGAAACACUGAGAGAAUUGCAAUUCUUAUUAGCCAACACAGCUGGUGGGCCAUCUCUCAGACUUGAAGAUUUGAAUGAAAUGCCAUACGCCUCUAAGGUUGUGAAGGAGUCGUUGAGGAUGGCGUCUGUGGUUUCAUGGUUCCCAAGGGUUGCACUCAAGGACUGCUGGAUUGAAGGUUUCCACGUCAGAAAAGGAUGGAUUGUGAACGUUGACGCCAGGUCAAUACACUUCGAUCCAACCGUGUAUGAUGACCCAAUGAAGUUUUGUCCUUCCAGGUUCGAUGAGGACUCAAAACCGUACAGUUUCCUAGCGUUCGGAACAGGGGGAAGGACAUGUCUAGGCAUGAACCUGGCUAAGGCCAUGAUGCUGGUCUUUCUUCACCGACUCGUUACAACAUACAGGUGGAAGGUGAUUGACCCAGAUUCAAGCCUGGAGAAAUGGGCACUCUUUCCAAGGCUCAAAAGCGGAUGUCCAGUUCGUGUAACCUGCAUUAGGCCAGAUGAGACGCUGCCUUAAGUUUCCCAUGCCUUCCCUCACAUUCCCACUCGUACACACACGUGUAUGAGAUCUGAGGUUUCUUCUGGCAUAAAAAUCAUGCAUUUUCACACCUCAGGUAAGCCACAGUAUAUCAAAAUUAAGUAGGGGCCAUGGUUCAGGAUCCAUCCAUUGCUGUACAAAAUCUCAUAAUUGAUAGGAAGAUCCUAGCUAUAGAAUGUUUGGCUUUUUAUCAGUGGAUUGUGAACCAUUGUUAUGUUUUCUUUCUUUAACUAUGUAUAUGUUAGACCCAUUCAGUAGUUGGGACUUUAUAAUUAGGUAGAUUUUUGUU